AUGUUGAAUUCAAUAUUUCGGGGUUUGCUUAACUUUGAAGAACCUCUAAAUAAGGUAAUAGAGGUUCGUUCGGACAAUUAUAUUUCAAGACAAAUUCAUUGUAGAGAAGAUUCUAUGUUGCUUUAUUUACCUAAAACACCCAAUGAUGGAAGAAAUUCUAAAGAUAAAUAUUAUGAAAUCGUACUGCAUAAACCUUUUACCGAAAGCUUACAUCAGAUGUACAGCUUAUUUAGAUCUGAAAGUCGCGAGGAAUGUGAAGAAAGAUUUAUUGUAUUUAAAGAAAGAAUUCCACUUUAUGUCAAAGUAACCAAGGAAUGUAAUGUGGCGAGUCUUCAAAAAAUAUGUGACACACUCUCAGAGCAUAGAUCAUGGACGUUGGCUCACUUGGUAGCUCACUAUGGGCUAUGUGAACUAUUUAAUGAUCCCGAUAUACAGAAACAGAUUGAUGAUAUUGAUCCAACCACUGGGAUAACGCCUUUAAUGGUUGCAAUCAAAAAUAACAACAUAAGAAUGGUGCAGAGUCUGCUAUCGUUAAAUUGUAGUUUGGAUAUAAUUGAUACAGAGGGCAACACAGUCUUCCACUAUGCAGCGGCAAGUAACAAAGAAAUUGUUAAUGCUUUGACUGCAAAAACAAUAUCAUUCCUGAACAAGUACAACAAGCAAGGGUAUACGCCAUUGCACAUGGCUUGCCUCGCAGAUGCACCUGAUUGUGUACGCGCCCUUAUAUUGGCGGGGGCGGAUGUUAAUCUGUCAGCAACACCCAGAAAUUAUAAUACUAGCACAAUACCGGGUAUCGUGGGUGAUGUACUUCAAGACAAUCAGCCGAAGCUUUACCAACAGGACAUGAAACGAGGCGGCACACCUUUACAUUGGGCUAUAUCGAGAGAGGUUGUUGAGGCGCUUGCGAACAAAAACUGUGACAUCAAUGCAGUCAACUUUGAUGGGAGAACCGCCCUUCAUGUGAUGGUAUUAAGGGGCAGAUUGGAAUGUGCUAUCGCGUUACUUUCGAGGGCUGCAGAACAUUCCAUUGGGGAUAACGAAGGCAACACACCAUUGCAUUUAGCAGUGAAGCAGACUAAUAUAGCUAUUGUCCAAGCUCUCGUGGUUUUUGGAGCGGAUUUGGAAGCGAAAAAUAAAUCUGGUUUCACAGCGAGACACACAGUCCCAAAAGAAAUGUCGAACAACAACUACGACAAGAUCCUUUAUAUACUGCACUCUGUUGGAGCUGAACGAUGUUCGUCCAGUACUUCGGGUUGCGGUCCUGGCUGCGCUGCCCGCGGUGAGUAUAAUGGAGUCCCGCCUCAAGCGGUCGCGCGCGCCGCUACAAGGGAGAUGGUCAGCGACAUGAUCACAGCUGCUACCAUGGACCGCGCCGCAGCUAUGGACCCCAACGAGAAGGUCGGACGGCUACUUUGUUUAGAUGGAGGGGGUAUUCGUGGUUUAGUGUUGGUUCAAUUGCUUCUAAACCUCGAGGCUGCUGUCGGUAGAUCUAUCAUUGAGUGCUUCGACUGGGUAGCUGGCACAAGUACCGGGGGAAUAUUAGCUUUAGCUUUGGCUACCGGAAAGAGUUUGAGGGAUUGUCAAAGGUUGUACUUCAGAAUGAAAGAAUUCGCGUUCGUUGGAUCAAGACCGUACCCUUCGGAGGCUUUGGAGACGAUUUUGAAAGAAAAUUUAGGAACGCAAACUGUCAUGGCAGACAUAAAGAAACCGAAUUUAAUGAUACUAGCCGUUCUGGCUGAUCGCAAACCAGUUGAUCUUCAUAUAUUCAGGAACUACCAGUCCGCGCAAGAAAUAUUAAACGAUUACAAUGGAACUGCUAGUCCUCACGCUGAGGCCGGAGAUCAAUCUACAGUGGUUUCUCUCCCGCCGCCGCCGCCUCCUUCUCAACAACUCGUGUGGGAAGCGGCACGAGCCACCGGCGCUGCUCCUUCAUACUUUAGGGCUUCGGGCAGAUAUCUGGACGGUGGUCUGAUGGGUAAUAAUCCGACUCUGGACGCGUUAACCGAACUAGCGGAACUACGACUCGCUCUUGAAGGCACGGGACAACGCGAGAAGGCUAAGAGUACUUACCUCAAGGUCGUCGUAUCCUGUGGAACUGGUCUCAUUCCCGUUUCAAAAUUGAAAGAUAUCGAUGUUUUCAAGCCGGAAAGUUUAUGGGACACUGCUAGAGUGGCUUGGGGGCUGUCUAACAUCGGAGGCUUAUUGGUGGAUCAGGCUACACAGUCGGACGGUCGUGUAGUGGAGCGCGCUCGUUCGUGGUGUUGGUCGCUCGGCACCCCCUACUACCGGUUCGCUCCUCAGAUGUCGCGCGACGUGGCGAUGGACGAACGACUCGACGAAAGGCUCGUAACUAUGCUGUGGGAAGCUCACGCGUACAUGCGCAGCCAACGAGAUAGACUCGUCGAACUCGCCACGCUGCUGAGAUCCAAUGAUAUACCGAUGUCCGUUUAA